CAAUCUGCACACUAUUCGCAGUUGAAAGUCCAAGUCGUUCCCCCGAUAUUGAGCUGCACUGAAGGUGAACAACAGUGGCAUAAGCCCAGAGUUAUGGGGAUAAAGCCUGGCCCUGUUGAGAAGAUGGCUGUGCUCUCAGCCAAACCCAAAACAAGAAAGACCACAGAGGGAGUGCGGAGCAAACUGUACAAAGGCCUUUACGGGGACCUUCCUGACCUCUCGGUUCUGCGGGUAUCUGAAGUGUACCAAACUUUCUCUGAUGCUGACCGGCCGAUGAUUUGUACCAUGGGAAUAAGUGACGAUAUCCCACUUGUGGAGUCACGUUUUGGCAAGGUGCAACAAGGAAGUCCACUCUCUUAUCAGCAACCAUCCAAAGAGAAAGCGCAGACUCUUCAUAAUGCUCCACCUCCACCAUCAUUGCCACUGCAGGACUACAGACUGAAACCAUCAGAGUGCAUGUUUGUCUGUUCCAGGAAGCAACAGCUGCACAUGAAAAGUCUGGAGGUGACGCUGGAAAUGUCCCAGAGCAUAGAAUGUGCUACGCGAGAGCAGAGUGAGUGUGCCGAUUGGUAUAAUGUACGGAGACCACGAGUGACUGCAUCUCGUUUUAGAGAGAUCUGUCAUGUGAGCAAACCCUCUGAAGAGCUGCUGGCUGAACGCAUCUUAAAAGGUACUCACCAGACAGGCCCUAUGAAGAGGGGUUUAGAGUUAGAGGCAGAUGCGAUCUGGGAAUACUGUCAGAUAAAACGAGUGAACCACUACAAAUGUGGAUUUGUGGUGCACCCAGAUGCACCGUGGAUUGGUGCAUCACCCGAUGGUAUCAUUUUUGACCCCUUGGAGCAACCUCCGUUUGGCCUAGUAGAAAUGAAAUGUCCAAACAUUAAAAGUUAUGUAGAUGCACCUUACCUCAAGGUCAGCAGAGGGACAUUGCAGCUUAAACCAACACAUGCCUAUUAUUGGCAAGUUCAGGGCCAGCUGCUAACUACAGGUAUGAGUUGGUGUGAUUUUGUAGUCUCCACUCAAGAAGAUGUCUUCAUACAAAGAAUACAGAGGGAUGAGGGUUUGAUGGAGACAAUGAAGCCUAAGAUAGAUAUGUUCUAUGUCCACGUGUACAUGGACAAAUACCUUGCAGUGUCAUAAAUGGGCAGCUUGUCAUUCCUGACUUUAAUGUCAUAAACUUACAUGGUGGGCAAGGGCCAUUGUAUUAUUUGCUUGUUGUUUUGUUUUGAUCAAAAUAGAAAGCUGUUAAUAAAAGUGGGUUUG